AUGGGGAACACACGCAUCGCAACCCAGGACGAUAUCCCAGCCAUCGCCAAGCUUAUCCAAGACUCGAUCCAAAAAGAUCGUCUCUGGUUGAAAUUCUCUGCUUCGAAAAGCGUACAAGAUGAGGCGUACAUGACUGAGAUUGAGUCCCUCCUUGAGGAGCACCUGUAUCCUUCCAUGGAGGAUUGGAUCAUUGAGGUGGUGGAUAUCGGAGAGGAUGAGCCAGAGAUCGUAUCGGCUGCCAUCUGGGAUGUGAAAGGUGCGCAAGGGCUAGAUGUCGCAAAGCGCGAGCAUAAGACGUAUAUACGAGACCGUCGCCUCCUCAAGUAUAUCCAGAUACUGCGCGGGGCCCAGGACAAGGCUUCGCUGCGACAUCCGCGCAGCACGUGGCUGCAGCUGCUUGUCACGCAUCCGAACCACCAAGGUAGGGGCUACGCGAAGGAUCUCGUCAACUCCCAGGCAUCCAGGGUGAAGAAGGACGGCGGCGUCCUCACCGCGGUCGGGGGGAGCAAGGCGUAUAUAUUCUUCAGCGGGCGGGGGUUCAGCGACUUGGGCCCCGUGCAGGGCGUGGCUGCGGACGCGGAGACGGAUACUAUCAAGGCUUUGUCGCUGGUAAUUAAAAAGGUCGACAAGGGAAAGGCAUUUGUCGACUCGGUAGUUGACUACGUAUUUAAGUAG